AUGACACCUGUGGAGGUUCCACCAUCGGCCGAGAUUGUGGUGCCGGCUUCUGAGGAGGCAACCGUCACGGUCGUGGCGUCGGAGGAUGGCAAUUCCGCGGCCUUGGAGGACUUCAUCAGCAAACUCUGGCAUCCGAUAAGGCCACGUCACCUGUUAGCCCAUCAACCGUCGGAUCGAACCAGCAAGCGAUCUCACCCGUCCGAUCGCGGGUCGGUUCGGGCGUCGAUCCGCCGGUCGCCCGUUAAGCCAGAUAACCGGGCGCUCGCGAACGUGGCCUCCGCUAGGCCAGGACCUCACGCCGCCUCCCCGACGCGGGCCGCCGCCCGCCGCGGGUGCGCGGCCGCGAAUGCACCUCCCCGGCACGGCCGGCUCCCCUGGGCGGGGCUGGCAUGGCCCCACCUGCCACGCCGGCGCAGCGGACCCCAACGCUGGCCCUCGCCCACACUGUCGUCGUCUUCCACCGCGGCCGCGACGCUUUGCUUCGAGUUUCGCCGACGCAACGACAACCUCCCCCACCUCUCCUACCGCGUCCUCCUGUUUCUCGCCUGGGUCGCGGCCAUCCUCCCCAUCGUCGGUCGGCUCCUCGCGCUGGCGGCGGCCCGUGGCCGUGGACCCCCUUGCGGCCGCGCCUCCUCGCACCGGGUGGCCGAGGUCAGGGCAGCGCGCCACCUCCGGCCGCCCCCCAGCCACUGGCCACCGCGAGGGGAGGGGUCGCGCGCCGCUACCGGCCAGGAGAUAAAGGUGAGAGAGGGGGGAGGUGCCUCGGCCAGGGGCCAGCCCCUCGCGGCAGCGGCCGAGGGACCCGCAGAGCUCGCGCCCCGUUCGCUGGCGUCGCCGCUCCGCGCCGCUUGCCCCUCCCCUGCCGCGGCGGGCGACGUUCCGUGGCAGCGCCUACCGCCUCCUCCCCGUGAAGCAAGCAGGCGACAUAGCACGGCUUCCCAGCCAGGCGGCGGCGCGGGGAUGGCUGGCUUGGCUUGGCGCGGCGGUCUGGGGCCCAACCUCCACGGAUUCAGAUCAAGAGGCCGAUGAUUGCAGAUACAACCGAUGCGAGCAGGCUCCUCCACACCUACCAUCUAGAGUCACGCCUAAGAGAAGAGCGUGAACAACGGAAUCGUUUUAUGCUUUGUCUGAAUCUCACGGUGAGAGGAAAAACUCAUUCAUUCAUGUGACUAAUACUGGUGGGUGCGUUUCAUCUUUGUUUUUCUUUUUUGCAGAUCGAUUUCUACCUCCAGGCUGGGCAUAGUGGAUCUCUUCAGGCUGCUAUCUCCAUGCAGGUAAUCCGUUUGAUGAAAUGCUUCUGAACACUAAGCAUCCGCUGGUUGUGCACUACUGCGUGUGUGUGAGGAAAGCAGGAGCUACUGCUUUGGGCUUCAAAAAUUUCAAUUUUAUACCAUGAAUGUCUAGCACACCUCACGAAUUUGAUGCAUGAACCUUACGCUGGCAAGUUAUAGUUCAGAGUGAGGCUUUUUAGUUUGAUUUUUAUGCAUACUCUAUUUUGAUUCUAUGCCAUUUUGUUUAGCGUAAAAAAUCACCAUGAUUCAGACUCUUGCAGUGUUGUAUAGCAUGGAGCCAUGGACUAUGCUAAUCAUGUGAAGAUAGCUGUUCUAGAGUUGGCAUACAACUAUGGAGCCACAAAAUGUAACAAAGGAAACACAUAUGCUCAUGUCAAAUUUAAAUAAAGAACAAUCAAUCUGAUCUUGGCCUUGAUUUUGCAUGCUUUGGGAAUAUGAAUUCAAGAAUCAUUCUAACUGUUCUGCACCUUCUCCUCCUGCGCCAAACACUGUCAGAGACGCCUCCUCGUCCUCAUCCAAAGCAGUAACACUGCUCGCCAAAUUAUUGAGGAUUUGGCUUGUGUUCACGCGAAUUUCCUGUUGCUUCUAUAUUAUUUUAGCAUCUGCUGGGGCGACAAGCCAGCACAGAGCGCAUUUGGUGGCCGCCAUGGCUCCUUUGGACGUGGCUUUGGAAGCCACCGGAGCAAAAGAAGAAGCCUUCUUGAUGCCAGCCCCUACUACAACAAGAAUUCCAGAAUAACAAGAAUUCCAGAUGUCCGAUUGUGCAGCAUGACCAACGAAUUUGCACUUUUUUUGUUUUUAUAUUGACAGUUGUUCUUCUCAGAACCUUCAUUCCAUGAUCAUAUAGCACCUCACGGAAUUCAUCGAAGGUGUCAAGUUUUUGUUAUGACUUCAGAUCCUAAAUAUCCGUGAGCACUUGUAUGUACUGUUCGCUGUAUUAAAAAGCAACGUUGCCAGGGAUUCCUGCACUCUUGGUUUA